CACGGAAUUGAUAUUAGCUACGAACUAUUGGCCUUCCUUUGUUUAAUAAAGAUCGACUCCAUCGUCUCGUUUGGGCACCUCUGGUCCUGACCUCACGGUGGAAAACAGCGCAGUGUUGUAUUUCAUAAUGUAUCGUGUCUCCUGCAAGUCUUCAAUUCUUUUGGCCAUUGUCGCCAGCGCCGUUGCGCGCGACAUCUUCGUUGCGCCGUCAGGCUCUGGCUCUGGAAGCAUCAAUGCGCCAUUCGGGUCCAUCCAGGAUGCCGUCGACGAAGCUGUCGCGGGCGACGUGAUCUACCUUCGAGAGGGCACUUUUGCCCCCUCUGCGAACAUUCAAAUUGGGAAGAGUAGGAGUCGGACCUCGCCCAUCUCUGUCCGCCCCUACGGGAGCGAGAAGGUGAUUGUGAACGGUGAGAACAUGCCCGGGACACCCAAAAAGCUGGGCGAGAGCCUGCCCAACUCUGAGCGAGGCAUCUUCCACAUUCAGGAUGCCGAAUACUGGGCAUUCUACAAUCUCGAACUCAUCAACGGUCCAUACGGUAUCUACGCACGAGACGCAUCCCAUAACUACUAUGAAGGCCUCUCCACACACGACAAUUAUGAGACUGGCUUCCAGCUUGAGGGCGCGUCUUCCAACAACACGGUGAUCAACCUCGACUCGUACAUGAACCGCGACCCCCGCAAAAACGGCGAGAGCGCCGAUGGAUUCGCCUGCAAGAGUGGCAAAGGUGAAGGCAACGUAGUGCGCAACGCCCGCCUCUGGAACAAUGUCGACGACGGCCUCGACUUGUACAUGUUUACUUCGCCCGUCACGCUCGAGGAGGUGUACGCAUGGGGAAACGGUUACAAUCGCUGGGGUUUCAGCCCCUUUGAGGGCGAUGGCAAUGGCUUCAAGCUCGGUAUCUCAGGCAACCCGCCUACAGACCAUGUUGUCCGCAACUCGAUUGCCUACAAAAACUACAAGAAGGGAUUCAUUGACAAUGGAAACCCCGGUUCCAUCACAUUUGAGCGCAACACGGCCUGGAAGAAUGGUGACACGGGCUUUGUCAUGCGCAGCUCGUCGUCUGUCAUGCGCGACAACAUUGCCGCAAACAAUGCCAACGGCCAGGCCCAGCUGAUUGACGCUGUCGAGUCGUCUGGCAACUCUUGGGACUCUGACGACAGCUGGUCGGACAGCGACUUUGUGAGUACCAAUGACUCGAAACUGAGAGGCCCACGUGGUGCAGAUGGACGCGUCCAGGGAAGCGAUUUCUUGAUCCCAGCCUCGGGCGAGGCCAUUGGAGCUGCGACAUGA